UUGUCAGAUUGGAGGAAGAGCAUCCAUGAAAACAAGUCGAUGAGAGAAAUCCUCAAAAUGAUUUCGAUCUGUAGUUUGACUGAACCAUUGCCCGCACAUGAUGAUGCUGUUUAUUGUUGUUUUGCUGGAUAUUUGCAAUCGCUGUCCUGCUGGAUGGUGAACUGUGCUCCUGUACUUAGCUCCACCCAUCUUUACAUCGACAGUUUGUUCAGCCAGUGAAUCUGCACAUCUUUAUCUUUUUGCCUCUUUUUAAAAAAUUUUUUAUUUGGUAAAAAUAUUUUAAAACCAAUACUUCUUGCUUGUCUGAAACUAUAAACUGUUUUGCAGAGGAUUCCAGCAUUUUCUCCACACCUCUUUGUGAUUUGCUGCAACUUAGAGUGAAAUGUGAUUCCAAGAGAAGCCAAUGUAAACUCAGCUGCCUCCCAGCUCUGUUCUCAUUACACGCCUACUGUUGUCCUGCCGCGCCUGCUUUCCCUCAGCUCGUCUUCUCCGUCCUCUCACAUUAGUGUUCAGAGGGAGGCCUGUCUGCACACCGCCGGUCAGUUUUCUCCUGUGUUGGUGUCUUCUGAUGGAUGAAUAUGUCCACUACUAAUAAUAUCGCCCAGGCCAGGAAACUGGUGGAGCAGCUGAGGAUCGAGGCAGGAUUUGAACGCAUUAAGGUGAUAAUAUUGUUGGACCUGAUGAGUUACUGUGAGCAGCAUGCUCGAAGCGACCCCCUGCUGGUUGGCGUGCCCACCUCUGAAAACCCUUUCAAGGACAAGAAACCUUGCAUCAUCCUAUAGCUUCAUACGUGCUUUUUUUUGUUUUUGUCCUCACACACACACGCAUACACACGCCCACACACACACACACACACACAACAGAUUUUCCUAUUCACAUAUGCUCACACAUAAAAGUUGACUUUUGCUAUCAAAAUAGAUCCCCACCCACCCUCAGACGCCGAGAAACCCCAGCUGGCGUUUGGGGGGGUUACACACACAGUGGCUCCAAAUUUAGCCACUCUGAAACAGUGCCACAAUCCAGAACCACCACUAGGGGGCAGGUAUCUUGUCCUUAUAGCUUGACUUGAAAAGGGAUUUCUGACAUUUAGCAAUUGGUAGGAAGCCUGUUUCUUUUCCAUCGCCGGUCAUGAAACGAGGUGUCGGGUAAACGAUGGGCAGCUGCUGCACAGGCAGGCAGUGGGAAGAAGCAUGUGGGCAACACAAAUAAGAGGUGGGCGCCAGUCCGACCGUGCCAAACACGACCCAGUGUCGCAGCAAAACGCUCAAUAAAUGCUUAAUCUUCUGCGGGAACUUUAAGAUAAAAAAAAAAAAGACAAUCCGAGAGCUUUGUCUUUAGCUAGAGUCUUUGCUUUGGUCAGACCACAGCAUGUUCCCUCUCGAAUCCGUAUCAACAGACCUCUUCUCCACCUGCGGCCUCUCUGCGGCUGCCUCCAGCCUUUUUUGGCCAAGCCUAAAGCUGUGCCAACCUGUACAAAAAAACACCUGUCUCUAGAUGCUGAUCCGUUGUCGCUGGUUCCGCUGCAGCUCGAGAUAGCUGCUGCCGUUGGUUCAGAGUCGAUGUCUUAGCCGACCUCAGAUCUGGACCAACCAGAGGAACUCAGUGAACAGCUCAACAGAGAACUCAAGCUAUUGGCCGUGGACGUUUACUGCGGGUUUUUUUGGUUUUGUUUUGUUUUGGGGGGUUUUCUUAAGAAAUACUUAAGAACUCAAUGUAUGUUUAGGUAUUUUGUUGAAGCAUUGCUUAACAUUUAAGACAAUACUGUGCUUUUUUUGUUGUUGUUGUUUUACCUUAACGCAAAGGAGGCGUUACCAAUAGGCGACCUGGUUUGGAUCAGGGGUCUCACCUCAUAAGAUCUUAGAGUCUCUACUGUACAUCAAACCUUCAUGUGCUUUACUUUAAGUGGGAGCGAGGCCACAAACUGACCACUUUGGAGAAUCCAUCUGCGACAACGGAGAAAGUUCAAACUUGAACAUUUUCUGUGUUUUCAGCUCAUAUUUGUUGUUACACAUAAAAAUACAUGUAGGGAGUAUUUUAGAAAGAUUGAUUGAACAAUCUGACGCCUACAGUGACUUUAAAUCCGGUCUGGACCAUAGAAUAAAUUCAUUAUCGCGAGUUCACCACAAUCCAGAGAUCGGCUCUUGGAUUCCCCCUUUCUGUGUCCUCUGCUCCUCCACCACGCUCCUCCAAUCUAACAAAACCAAACUUGAUUGUAAUACCUGAAAAUGAAGAGGGAAGAAAAUGGCAUUAAGAGAAACAAACUAAGUGUACAAACUUUCUUUUAGACGUGCAGAAGUGAUAAAUUGAAGAGUAGCUGUCUUGGCUUUUUAUUUUUUAUGUUACCUUCUUUCUAUGGACUCCAUGAAAGCUGAUCAGUUGAGUGUUAUUACCCUGUACAGUGUUUGUAAGAUACAGAAUCUAAACACAGAACUACCCCAGUCUGUGGAUAUUGGAAUUUUUAACACUGCUUCCCUUUUGUCUGUCAAAGAUCAUGUCCGUCUUCUCAUUUUUCUUUCAGUUUUUAAAGGCUUGCAUUAGCAGAGGUUGGUUUUAGCCAUUGCUAAAAACGCAGCAGUCAGGAUUUUCACAAAUAAAAACAAACGAAAAUGUUGCAAGGUUAAAGAUGGAGGGGGAAUUAAUCAACAUCAGACCUCAUUGCAGUGGCCAAAAAACCAACCUCCUGAGCCUUCCUUUAAUAUCGACGCUGACAUUUUUGUUUUGUCUUAAGUGGUACAUUUUUGGGGCAACAAGCAACACAAAUGUCAUGCAUCUAUAAUUUCAGAGGAGUGAUACUAAACAGAUUGAAACUGGACUUGAUGCAAAUUUAAGCAAAGCUUUUCAAACAUAGAGUGGUUUGAUCUGCACGGCAUUAUGAUUUUAGUUGAGAGUAGGACACAGUUACAGAGCAUGAUUGUCUUAAUUGUUGCUCCUCUGACUUUUGAAGGUUACGAAAGGUUUUCCUGCUCCAUGCUUCCUCAUGCGUGUCUUGUAUUUAUAUCAGUGUUGCACAGAUCAGCAUUUAAAACCGACUAUGCUGAAAGGAGACAGAUUGUGUUAGAUUAUGUUUGUGUAUUUGCUCACACUGAACGCUAAAAUUUCCAGUUAACCUAAUUUUACGUCUUCUUGUAAAAGACCUUGUUUAUUCUGCCUUUGGAUUUUGUCCGGAACAAAGAGAGCAGGCAGUUUCAAAAGGAUAAGACUUCAGGUUGGGGGUGUGUGGCAUAUAGUAUGCAUGCGUGUGUGGGGGGGGGAAGGAUGUGGUCUUGGUGGUAUUUAAUUUAGCGGAGAUGGAGUUGGGACAAGACUUGUACUUGUUUGCAUUUGUAGGAAAAUUUCAAAGAAUAUUAGAGCACAGUGCCUCUUGUUCAUAAAACCAUGUUCAGAAAAACAUGGCAGUGUUACAACCCUGUGGUUCUGCAGUUCUAGGUCAGGGUUAACCUGGCCCGGGGAAAGGUCAUGUAGCUUUAGCUGGUACAUGUGAUAUUUUGGUGCGUCCGCUUUGUUACAUUUUCAGGGUUUCCAUCUAGAAGUACUUUUGACUCUUCAGGAUCCUAAUUUAUUAUAGGUUCCAAAUUUAUUAUAGGUUCCAAUAGGGUUGCUAUGUUUUGUUACUCAAUCAGAAGCAAAAUACACUGAGAAUAGUCUUGUAAAAUAUGUACAAUUUGACAUAUCAUAAUCCUAUUCUCUGAAAAUAGAGAGAAAUCGAUUUUUAGAAAUGUUCUCAUUGUUUUCAACAAUAUGUUUGCUACUUUAAACUGAUUCAAGCCGUCUUUUGUUCUUUUUCUGCUGUAAUCAUUCACAUGGUCAAUCGAAACCAUCUGCUUGAAAAGGCAGAAAUGUUGCUUUACACUUCGCACCUGGCAUGCUUAAUGAAGAUAAGAGUGCAUAAGUACUGUUGAAUCUGUUAGAUGGCCAUCUGGUGAUCUGAAAAUAGCAUUGCAGGUAGCAGUCACUAAACGGAAAUAGAGUAAGGUACAACCCAAAAAAUGUCGUAUAACUGGCAACUCUAGCUGCCCCGCAAAUAAUUACAUUGUUUGUAGUAGUUAGCAUAGCCAUUGUUGUCAAAUCCCCCUGGUCUUCCAGAUUAACUCCAAGACGAAUCAAACAGAAUUAGCAUGUUUGACUUCCACUUAUUUAUUAAGGUGUGCUUACUUUAGGAUGGAGAGAGGAGAAAAAAAAUAUCGCAAGUUAAAAUUGUGAAAUUCACAAUUUUAACUUGAAGCUAAUUUGAUUCCACCGAUCAAAUUAGCUUCUCUUCAACAUAUUUGAAACAUCAUUUACCUGUCAAUGAAGUCCAAAGAGACACAUAUAUGGAAAAUUUCUAUAAAAUAUCUCUUCAGUUUGAGACUAACGUCGACAGUUUGUUUAUUAGCUAAAAGAGUGGAAACUGCUGUUACAAAAGGCACCAUUCAGUAUUUCUGUUGCUCAUUAUUUAAGUAAAAUGCUUUAUUUUGCUUCAACUUUUCUGUUCAAGAAAACGUAUAAGCUUUAGAAAGCUUGUAGGCUGCGUUUCCUAUUGCACGUUUACCGUUUUCAAUUUGUUUUUGGUCUGAAAGCUAGCUUAAUAGCUAAGCUAUCUUUCAGCUCAUGAGUUAUUAAAAGGCUUUUUGAACCCUUUUAAUAUGAGAAGCAGUAGGGACAUAGCUGUAGUAAACUAAAUAUAGUAUGCUCAUAUUUGGACAGAAAAUAAAUCUGAUUUUAAAAAAGUCCAAUUAUUAAUUAAAAUCAUUUAAAUAUAGCAGUGUUAAUGGUUAAAAGGAUGAUUACACUGUAAUGCUGGAUUAAACAAAUUGUUAUAUUUUACUAAAUAAAUACAGCUUAAUACCAGAAAGUUGGUUCAAUAUGUGGUAAACAAAAAUAAAUAAAUAAAUAAAUAACAUCUCCAGAUGUAUGAUUGUUUUGUUGGUUUUUUUUUUUUAAUAAAUGGAUAGGGGUCUAUUAAAGAAUAAAAUUAGCAUGCAUAUCAUACCACUACGCACACUGUUGCCCUAAAAAUGUCUGACAAAUUUAAUUUUUUUACAUUCUUAUUGUAUUUUUUCUCAAUCAUUCCAUCUCUUCCUGGGCUACAAUCAAAGACGGCCGGCCUGAAAUGCUGAUUUUGCCGACAGUUUGUCUGAUUGAUUAGUUGUUAGUUUGCCUUAUAGUGGCAUAUAUUGUGUUAAUGCUGGUUGUGGAGUUAUCAGAUCAACAGAAUGAACAGUCCUAAAGUGGAGCAUGUGGCUCACAUUGCCAAUUCACAAAGUGAGCUCAACAAAAAUUCAUUUUCAGCCCCAGUGAGGUGAGUCUAAGGCUCUUUGCUGGUGGACUGUCAUAUCAAGCAUCACUCAGUUGUCUCGAAGUCCCAUCUGAGACUCAUCUUUGUGUUCUGAUCUCCUGUGUAUGCAUACAGUAUAUGUAUCCUUUUUGCCUUGAUUGAUUCUGGAAAAAAAAAUAUCUAUUUUUUGUAACUGUUCUCUGAUGUGCCAUAACUCAUGUUUUCUUGCACACUGUUAAUAUUUUGUGGAUAUUGCUGUUAAAAAAAUAUUGAGAAGUAGAUAACAUUAAUAAAAAGAUGAUAUAACACAA